AUGGCAUUUACUCUCCUUCGAGAGCUGAAAGAGUUGUUGAAGAUUCCAGAAACACUGCACGAAGACGGUAUAAUAGCGCUCUACACAUUUGUUGUGGAUAAGCUAGAAGAAUACCUGUCACCACCCCGACUCACUACGGAUCCACAAGUCGGCGCAUGGAAGGAACUUGGAUUCAUCGCUCCUUUGUUUACAACGAUAGUAAGAGCACCAGACGAAGAUCUUGCCGAGAGAGCAUUGAAGCUCCUUCGGACGCUUGACUGCACCGAGGGUCAAUGGACAUCGGGUUUGGCUGCGGAUAUCGCUGAGGCGCUUGCGCAGGCGGAUGUUCAAGAUAUUGUUGGCUUCGACCUGAGCUGUCUGAGCUUCGAACGCAAGCCGCACACGCUUAGAAUCUACAGAGAAGGACAAGAGGCGCUUUUCGAUCACUACCUGCCUCUCCCGGCAGACGAACUAGAUCGCCUCGACCUCGAUGCCACAUUGAUUAUCGUCCACAACUACGGCUACCAGUUCCACACCGUUGCAUGA